AUGGUAAAAUCUAGAAAGUUAUCAGCUUCUUUUGGUGAUGAAGAAAAAAUAGUAGAUAGAAUUAGUAUGUUACCAGAUGAACUGAUUCAUGACAUCAUGUCAUUCAUUGAUACAAAGUAUGCUGUCCAAACUUGUGUUUUAUCGAAAAGAUGGAUUCAUGUUUGGAAGUCCCUACCUUUUCUGAACUUCGAUAUACAUGGUUACAGAAGUAUAUUUAAAGUUAAACAAUCAGAGAGGGUGGAAGAUUUUAUAAAUAACGCAAUCAUACUCCGCGACAACUAUAACAUUCAAUGGUUUAGGUUGAGAUGGUUUUACUAUACUAUUAAUAAAGGUGUAAGAAAAAGUCUUUCUAGAUGGAUUGAUGUUUCCGUUGAGCAUAACGUUCAAGAAGUAACUUUAGAACUCCGUCAACGAUCUAGUUGUACAUAUGAGAUUCCUCCAAGACUACUUAAUUGUACAUCAUUGAAAAGAUUGGAACUGAUAGUAAAUAAAUGUGUGCAUAUUAAUCUUCCUGAAUCAAUGAGCUUACCACAGCUUCUGUUUAUGCAUCUGGAAGGACUUUCUGUGUACGGCGAAGAAUCUACUAAGAGGCUCUUGUCAGGCUGCCCGCUUCUUGAAACGUUGAAUAUAGUUGAUUGUGACAUAAUAAUUGAUGAUAAACGGAGUCUCAGUCUCGAGUCGCCUAACCUUAAGCAGUUUGCACACACUAAUCAUGAGCAGCAUAAUAUUUAUAGGGGACAUCAUCUUAAGCAUAAAAUUAUAAAGUUAUCUGCUCCAAAUCUCAUCAGCUUUACCUGUAAAUCUUUCUUGACACAAGACUAUGAUCUUCAAAACUGUUCUGGUCAGAUAUCCGAUGCGAACCUUAACAUAUUAUAUAACAAUGAGUUUGAAAAGAAACAACUGUCCGAUCAUGAAAAAGAAGUGUAUGUUAUACGUAUAAUGCAACUUUUCGUAGCAGUUCGUAAGGUGAAACGACUCGAAUUAUCAUCUGGAUUCCUCGAGGUUCUCUGGAGAGCUGCGGAUUCGAUAAACUGUCAAUUCCCUUGGUUAUGUAAUCUUCAAUCUUUGAGGGUUGAAUCAAGGUUUACAAGAGGUAGCUUGCGCUCGAUAGCAUACUUACUCACGAUCUCUCCGAAUGUUAAGAGUAUUAAACUUGAACCAAACAAGUCGUAUUCACCAGACGUUGGAGAUGAUUGGGAAGUAGGAUUCUCAUUGCCAGGCAUGUUGUCUCAUCUUAACAUUGUUCGUAUUGAAAAUGUGGAUGGCUGUGAUGCUGAAUUCAAAAUUCUCAGUUUUUUAUUGAAAAAUGCGAAGGUUUUGAAGGAAGUUGCUUUGUACCCUGCUUGUUCUUCUGUUAAAUCUCCUAGUAGAUUGAGAAAACAAUUUAAAAAUAAGCUAAGAGCACUGCCAAGAGCUUCUUCGGACAUCAAAAUGAGGUGGGGAGAAACAGAAAGUACCUUCCGUAUAUAG